UUCUCCAAGCACGUGGAUUUCGGAGUUGCAGCUCAAUGGAGUUCCUCGAACACGAUGUGAUGCCCCUUGUUGCUCCGGGGUUGCUGGCCCUGGACACAGGCACCCUGGAGGCCCUUCUGCAGGGAUCCAUGAUGACCGCCCCUGCAUGCUCCGGGCGGCUGCCCCUGGCCCUCAAGCGCCCUGGAGCCCUUCUUCCUGGUCUCCGCGCCUGCGGCAGCCUCGCGUCGACGUGCCAGGCCCCGCGUCCGUUUGCUGGCCCGCGUGCCUGUUUGCUGCUGCGGAUGACUUCGCCCCUCCUUUUUGCUUUAUGUGAGCAUGUGUGCCCUUGCCCUCCCCUGUCCCACCAACUCGUUUUUCGCUUUUGUUUUUUCUUCGUUUAUUGGGGCACAUAGACCCUUACCUCGCCGCCGCGACGCCUUUUCAAACGGAAACGCUGGCCGUCCAGUAUAAAGAGCUUGGCCCAGCGGUCCUUAUGUCGUCUGCCCGCCUGGGCCUCGGCCUCCUCGACCACCU